AUGAUGCCCUUGAACACUCGUAAGAGGAAGCUGUCCUCCGUGGACUCGGACAAGUAAAGACAUGAGGCGUCUCCUACCAAGAGGAGAUCUCCCAGAAAAAGACUGGAUGUACUUUUGAACAAAGAAAACAAUCCGUCACCGAGGCAGUCACCUCGUAAAGCAACAGGCUUUCCAUUCAAAACAAGCUCUUUUUACGGACCAAAAAAGAGUGCAUAUCUCACUCCUCUGGAGAGGAAAGCAGUAAAAGAAUCGCUUCCUAGCCGUCCUCCUCCUACAUCUUCUCCGGGUAAGGCUAAAAGUGUCCCGAAGGAAACCGAAAACGCGGCAAAAGGCAAGCAGACUAAGCUGAAGGCAAGUUCAAGCAUCACAAGCUUCACCACAAAAACCAAGACGAUCAAACUGUCCAAGAUUAACUGGAGCAGCAAUGCAUCCAACAAGCCCCCCGAACCCAAGAAAUGCAUUACCCUCACCUUCAACAACAUGAAGAAACCCAAAACAAAGAUUUUUGUGGGUGCUGCCUUCUUCAGUACAGCUAAGAAGACAACAUCGAUGCACAAAAAGGCAGCCACUGCAAACGUGAAACGCGAAUCUGCUGGCAAAAAGGACAAGCUCAAGAAUCAGGGAGCAGCCAUCAUGCCUGAGAAGAAACCACUCGUCGAAGACGUUGAGCCAAUGGAAGUGUUCAACAGUGGUGACGUGCUAGAGAAGCAGCUGAGUUCACCUAAAGUCCUGGCUGAGAAUUACCAUAUCAAAAAGGAACUGAAAAUCGUGCUGACCAGAAGUCCGAUUUGUACAUCGGAGAUCUCGUCCUUCAAUUCUAAGGAUGAAAACUCUAAGCCAGUUUGUGAGCUUGAUGACACAAAUCCGAGCAGUACUGUUUCCACGCCACCCAAAGAAUCUGGCUCUGUGUAUCCCAUUUUUGGAUCUGCUUCCAAACGGUCCAAGAGCACCCCGACUCAGCCAUCAUCGACUACCAAAGAGCGAACCACUCGCUGGCGGAAGGAGAAGCACGACCGUGACCAGCUCAUCAUCGACGCAGGCCAAAAGCAGUUUGGCGCCACCACCUGCGGCUCGUGCGGGAUGGUUUACAGUGCGGACAACCCAGAAGACAACUUACAACAUGACCAGUUCCACCAGUCCAUCCUGGACUCGAUUAAAUUUGUGGGUUGGAAGAAGGAGCGAGUUGUGGCAGAAUUCUGGGAUGGAAAAAUCAUCAUGGUCAUGCCGGAUGACCCCAAAUAUGCUGUCAAAAAGGCGGAGGAUGUACGUCGCAUUGCAGACAACGAGUUAGGCUUCCAGCAGAUGGCGCUGAGCAGACCCUCGCAGAGCAAGACUUACUUGUUUGUCAAUAGAGAUCGGAUGGUGGUGGGCUGCCUGGUCGCGGAAUCCAUACGACAGGCCUUCAGAGUGCUGGAGACGCCGAAUCAGUUGAAGGACAUGACCAAGGACGACUUCAUGGACCAGCACCGGGCGUGGUGCUGCUCCACCGUGCCGGAAAAGGCACUGUGCGGAGUCAGUCGCGUGUGGGUCUUCAGCCUGUCCCGGCGACAGGGCGUGGCUCGCCGCAUGCUGGAUACCGUCAGGAGCACCUUUAUGUACGGCAGUCACCUUACAAAGGAAGAAAUCGCCUUCUCCGACCCGACGCCGGACGGAAAACAGUUCGCGACGGCGUACUGCGGGACGCCCACGUUCCUCGUCUACAACUUUGUUGCGUGA